GCGAGCGAUAAUGGCCUCUGUUACCUGAAACUGUGGCGAGGUGCGAUAUCGUCGCAGCGGCGUUGUGAGCGGGGCAGUGUCAGAACUAGGCCUAACCGUGCAAGAAAGUCGUCUGCUCGUGCUAGGCUUAAUGGAACUCAAGUGCGUGAUCUCACAAUGGAGCAGUGUGCUCCCGGUGUUAUUGGUGCUGGAGGUGGUGACACCGAUAGCCGGUAACCCCUUAGAAAUGUGCCACUCGGACCAAAACUGCACAGCUCCUUAUCGUUGUGUUGAUUACCACUGCACCUGCCCUGAAGGAUACGACGUCACGAAGUGGGGUUGUGAACCGCGUCCUCGUGAACUAGAAGGUGAACUGAACGGCCCAUGCUUAGAGAGUACGUCGUGCCCGCUCAACGCAGAAUGUCGCAGGUCUCGUUGCGAGUGCAAAGAACGCUUCGUAGGGAUGCGGAACGCGUGCUACAGGAAAGCGUUUCCUGGUGAACCGUGCGAGGUUGCUGAACAGUGCCCGCGUCUGGCAACAUGCGAGAGUGGCGUCUGUGCGUGUCUUCAAGGCACCAGGACCACGGCAACUUCAUGCGUCACUUUCAAGACACCAAAACGAAGCAUAAAGUCAUUAGAAGUCUACAAGGCAGCUAUGAUUGUGGCGGCAUGUCUGAUGGUCGUCGUCCUCUUGGCCUUCCUUGCCUGCGUCAUUAAAAAAUCCUUCUUCGACGGUGCUCCAUCAACGUUGCCAUCGGUAUUCUCGGUUUCGGAAACCGUGCCGGAAGCUCGACAUCCGACGUACGAGAAACCGCCGUCUUACGAAGACGUGGUACGAUCUCCCCCGCGUCAGGAAGAACCGCCUUCUUACGCUGACGUCAUGGGAGCGUGUGGCUCCUCCCACAAUCCUGGUUUCGUUCCGGACGUCUAGAGCAUAGUUUCCUUGUUGUAACAUACGCGUUAUUUAUCUCAAGCUUGAUAUUCAAGCUCACAGGCUCAGGGUUGAGACAGGGACGCGCGGGAUAAGCGUGUCGACGUUGCUAUACGCAACAUGCGUCGAUGUGACGCAUACUUUUUUUAGGCGCAGACUAUGCAUCACUAUGACGCAGCAAAUAUUGUCUUGUUUUACUUCGUACUAUGUCCAAAUAGUACAUUUCCGUCCCUAUGUUUUCAAUUUUGUAUUUUUUUUAUGUUGAAUACGGUGGCUCAAGUGAGAAGCAACCAGGCGCGAAUCUAAAAGGGGCAGCCGCGGAUGGAACCUUCCUUUGUCGUUUUCUGCCGCUGCGUAGUUCUUCAGUUAGUCGUAGGCAGUGUAUGUUGCAUGCUGACCACGGCCACCCCCCAUCAGAAAAGUCCCGGUUCCGCCCCUGCCAGUAACAUCGGGUUCCAACGUUCAGUCGGGGCUGUUACCAUAAAGUAUGACUACUAAACUAUGAUUACUAAACUCAUGACUAGGUGUGAUCAUGAACACGCCUUCCAUGAUAAUUGCAGAAGAUACUCUGCUAGCAGCAGCUAUAGUGUUACGUGGCAGGCGACCAUGUAAGACACUUGUGUAUAGGCAUACAUUGUAAAUAGUUACAUCUUAGCACUUCAUCAAUCACUGCAAUGACCGUGCUGGAUACAAAAUGAUGAAUGUGUGAUGGAUGAUAUGAAACAAAUAAAGUAUAUGUGCAAAGUACAAGAAA